AUGAUGAAGCACACGCAAACGAUUCUCGCAAAGUAUUGUGGAAGAGCGUAUUCGACCAUCGCUUCUUCCCGACUGUCCUCGAGCGUCAAGAAUGGGUGGAAGGAGCAGGACUUCUUGGUUCUUUCUCUACUAUUUCUUGGUGGAUUUUAUACCCAUGGUUUAACAAAUGUUUACAAGAGAAGAGAGCAUUGGCACAAAGUAGACAGAAUGCGAAACGAGCACGUCAAGCGUUCAAAGGAGCUGUAUGAUACAUCUGAACGCUAUCAUAAGGCAAUGAUGCAGGCACAGAAGGAGCGUAAAAUCUAGGCCAUGAGCGGAGCAAUUCAGUCUAAUCCAAUGUUACUUUUAUUUUGGACUAGUAUGUGGAUUUGGUGUAAUCCUUUGGUUGCAUGCUUUUAUGGG